UUAAACAACUUCUAGCCUGGCUUUAACUCCACUUCCCCUCUAUAAAAAACCCACUUCAACUCUAUCCAUUCUCACACAGAAACCUUUCUUUUUUAACUCAAUUUAUUCAAGAAAAGCCAAGAUUUUGUGCAAGCAACAAUGGAGGGCAAGGAGGAGGAUGUUCAUGUAGGGGCUAACAAGUACUCAGAGAGGCAGCCAUUAGGCACAUCUGCACAGACUGAUAAGGACUAUAAGGAGCCACCACCAGCUCCUUUGUUUGAGCAUGGUGAACUCACUUCUUGGUCUUUUUACAGGGCUGGGAUUGCUGAGUUUAUAGCCACUUUCUUGUUCUUGUAUGUCACUGUUUUGACUGUUAUGGGGGUUUCUAGGGCUCCUAAUAAGUGUGCUUCUGUGGGGAUUCAAGGGAUUGCUUGGGCUUUUGGGGGGAUGAUCUUUGCCCUUGUUUACUGCACUGCUGGUAUUUCAGGAGGACAUAUCAACCCUGCUGUAACCUUCGGUUUGUUUCUGGCAAGGAAGCUUUCCUUGACCAGGGCUGUGUUCUACAUGGUGAUGCAGUGUCUUGGUGCUAUCUGUGGUGCUGGUGUUAUUAAAGGUUUUGAAGGAUCUUCGAGAUUUGAGCUCAGUGGCGGUGGAGCUAAUGCUGUCAACCAUGGCUACACCAAGGGUUCAGGUCUUGGUGCUGAGAUUAUUGGAACCUUUGUUCUUGUCUACACCGUGUUUUCUGCCACUGAUGCUAAGAGAAGUGCCAGAGAAUCACAUGUUCCUAUUUUGGCCCCUCUUCCUAUCGGGUUUGCUGUGUUCUUGGUUCAUUUGGCCACCAUCCCCAUCACCGGAACUGGAAUCAACCCAGCUAGAAGUCUUGGAGCUGCCAUCAUCUACAACAAAGGGCACGCUUGGGAUGAUCAUUGGGUAUUCUGGGUUGGUCCAUUCAUUGGCGCCGCACUUGCUGCAAUGUACCACCAGAUUGUCAUCAGAGCCAUUCCUUUCAAGAGCAGAUCUUAAGUUUCGGUUUUUAAGUAUCGAUUAUGUACUGCCCCUUUUGUUGUUCUUUUCAAUGUAUGUGGAUGUUAUGUGGAUUAAUUAGCAGCUGUUGAUUAUGCAUGUAAAUUAUCAGAUUAUGCUGUAUUUAAGCUUGCCUUUGCAUCUUUAUGAAUGAGAAAUUCUCUCCUGGUUUCAACA